GCAAGUCAAGAACACAGAGUGUACAAAUACAAAAAAUAGAUUAUAUAUAAUAGGUACAGAUAAGAAUAUAUUGAAUUAAGAGCAUUAAAGAGAUGUUUUCAAAAAAGUCUCAAAUUGUCAGUUUAUAUCAUAGUCCCUGUUCCAUUUCCUGGGUUAUAAAUACCCACAGUUCCCAAGUAUGAGUGUUUUUCCCAUUUAAAAUGUUAUUAGUGGAACCACAUUUCUGUCCCAAAGUGACUCAUGAUUACAUGUAGGAAGUUGGUCUCUCACAGAAAAACCCACAUACAGCAUACAUGUACACAAACCAAAUAUAUGCUACAUCCACAUGGAGAAAACCCACAUCUCUGAAGCUUCCAUUCCAGCCAUCUGGCCAUCUUUACAUGAUCCUUCCAGCCUAUCUCAACUCUGUUUCUACACGAGGCACCAUACAUAUCAGAAGAUAACUUCUGGGCAGGCUGUAUUUUUAUAUUUUGUUUUCUAUAGAGCUGUGAAAACCCUGGACCUUUGGGGCCACGGCAGCAAGACUGCAUGUUGUGUUGAAAUCUAAUCUGCACCAUAUGCAAGUGCUGCGGCAUGCAAACUAAAGUCAUGUCAUAGUUAUUAUUUAACUAUAUCGCGAAGACUGCAUCACGAAGCAGUCUUUUAUGGCAUGUGUCAUAUCAGCCUAAACCUCUGUUUAUAUCAUGUAUCACCAAUGUAGGUCACCUUCUUUAACUCAGACCGUCAACUUGACUGUGACAAUCCACUCACUAUGAAAGUCACCUCGCCCGUUCAUAUUUUUUUCUCAUGUUCCAUAUACACUAAAUACAUCCGAUCAGCACCUUGGCCCAGAAUAGAGGCUCCCAACUAAACAACAAGGAUCUAUCAGGACCCAAAUAGGUCACACAGAUGAGACUUUUUUCCUAUAUGUGUCUGUUGGUAGCUGUCCCUGGCGGUUGUUAAAAGUUGACAGCAUACUGUUGGGGUAAGGGAGGGAAAUCAGUGGACAAACAACUUCCCUACAUUCACUCUCCUUUGCUCUCUGGCCUUUUCUGUAAAAUGUGUUGACCUUAGUUUAUCUGAAGAUAAUCAUAUCCCCUGCCAAAAUGUAAGAGGUAAUUCAUAAAGAUUACAAAGAGAUAUGGGGUUAACGGAUGAGGAAGAAAAAGUAGUGUGUGUGUGUGUGUGUUGAAACCGAGCGAAUAAGCUGGGGAUGUUUAUGUUGGACAGACCAGGCCUGUGUCUGGAACAGGCCAAAAAUAUCCGGAAACAGAAAAAUCCAGCAGGAUGGGAAAGAACACACCUCCUCACUUCUCAUGUGACCUUCUGCAUUCUGCAAAGAAGGCUGAAGUUAGUGAAGGAAAAGUUAUGAUAGCAAGACCACUUUAAAGUUAAGUUCAUUUUAAUUGGGUGUUGUUUGCUGUCUUUGCAAGGAGUCUUUCACAUGAAUUCUGCAAACCUAAAAAAAAUACCCUGACAUGUAUUUAUUUAUUUAUUGAGAGAUGAGUGAUGUGUAAGGGCUUAUCUCUACCUUUAAAGCACACGAUUAUUAUCAAGCUAUCAUGUCAAGCAAUGAGCUUUAUUUUGUUUCAUUAACAGCUUGUGGUUUCAACAGUUGCUGUCCCAACUGUGUUAGAUGAACACAGUUAUCUUAGUUAGGUCAUUCAGAAAGUCAGAGGCUGCAGUGAAGCGUGGGCCAGAAAUCAUUUGAGCCAAACUAAGCACUAGCAGGUUUGUGUGUGUGGGGGAAGAAAGAGGUAGAAAACAUGCGUGUUGGGACAAGGGGUGAAUUAAAUAAAAAAUAUGGUUUAAAUGUAUAGAAACAAGUUGUCUGCUAAUUUUAAAGAGAUGUUAGACAGUGAUCACUAGUCGAAGUCAUUAAUCAGUCGUACUUCAACUUUUUAGGCUGUCAAAAUGAGUAGGUAAAGUAUAUUGUGUUUUUGUUUUAUUCUGCCAUAAGUGCAGAACAUAUACAAACGAUAGGGACAUGCAAAAUGGAGAGCUACUGUAAAAAAAUAUUUCGCAAAUAUUUGACCAUUUUUAAAAUUUAAUUUGGAGGAAGCAAAAAGCAUUCACCAAGAAAACAGUAUAACACUAACUCUUGUCCACUGUAACCACUGGGCAAAGAGAUAGAGGUUGGUACAGAGAUUAGAUUAGAGAUUAAAGGCAUAUGUUCACAUUUGUUUAGACGGGUUUCAAUGGGAGAUUGACCAAAAUAUUGUGAUCGUAGUAUUUCUGUAUUUUCAUAAGGAGAUUUAAAUUCUGAGUUGAUAAAGCUUUGGAAAAUGUUACGGAUUAGGAUUAGCGCUUGCAUUUAUUGACACUGUGGGAAACAGCUCACGGAGUGAGCGGUAGAAAUACUUCCUUUUGUCGUAAUCUGUGUCCUUUUUAAUUUAGACACGAGAGUAUAUUCGGAUUUGUGUGUAUGUGUGUGAGUGACGGGAGGAGGGAGAGUAAGGGGGAGAAAGAGCUCAGUGUCUCAAAGCAGGAUGAGCUGCUGCUGCUGAAACAGAAAUCUCUUACUCCCUCACCCCUCCUUUCCCCGCCCCCAAAUCUUCCCUUCCAUUAUUCCCGUAAAUUUAGGAAACUACGGUGACAGCGAGUGACGCGCUGUCACUUGGACCACGGUCGACCAUUACCUGCAUCUCCCUGUCGCUUACCUCUCUCCGUCCUCCUCCCCCUCAACUCUUUCAUUGAUGGUACGGUCUGCUGUUAUCGGCGCGUUCACACACUGUUAAUGGUGGACUCUGCCGGUAACGAGAAACAGAAGGAAGGGAAGGAGGAGAAGGCGGAGAUUGUUGGCCGGCCAGGACUAGACCCCAUGAAAAGCUCCUACCUUCGAAAGGAGGGAUACGAGGGAGCCAGUUUUGGGCGAACGUCGUUAUUCCGUGGGUCUUCUCUGGCCUUGGAUGGCCAGGCGUUGCGUAGUGUUCAGUGGAUUCGGGGGGAAAACAACGACCUCAGCUGCUCCUAACGAUGUAAUGUUCACUGACAUGGAUGCUGAUGUGCCUCCUCCUCUAGGCCGGCAUUUUUGAGGAUUUUUCUGUGGUUUCUACCUGGGAUUUAUAUUUCACAUUCUUAUAUAUAUAUAUAUAGAUUUUUUGUCUUUGGACCUGUGUUUUUUGUGUUGGAGCCUCGCAGGGGACGUUUGUUUGCAAGAUGACAGAGGGGAGGCGAUGUCAAAUCCAUCUCCUUGAUGACAGGAAACUGGAGCUUCUUGUACAGCCCAAACUAAUGGCCAAGGAUUUGCUGGACCUGGUGGCCUCUCACUUUAACCUCAAGGAGAAGGAGUACUUUGGAAUUGCAUACACAGAUGAAACGGGCCAUUUCAGCUGGCUGCAGUUGGACCGCAGGGUGUUGGAGCACGAGUUUCCUAAAAAGUCUGGUCCUAUUGUCCUGUAUUUUUAUGUUCGAUUCUACAUAGAGAGUAUAUCCUACCUAAAGGACAAUGCCACUAUUGAGCUCUUCUUUCUAAAUGCCAAGUCAAUCAUCUACAAGGAGCUUAUUGAAGUCGACAGCGAGAUUGUCUUCGAGUUGGCUUCCUAUAUUUUACAAGAAGCUAAAGGUGAUUUUACCAGCAAUGAUGCAACCAGAUCUGACCUGAAAAAGCUCCCAGCUCUGCCCACCCAGGCCCUGAAGGACCACCCAUCACUGGCAUACUGCGAAGACCGGGUCAUAGAACAUUACAAGAAGCUCAGUAGCCAGUCCAGAGGGCAGGCAAUUGUCAAUUAUAUGAGCAUCGUAGAGUCUCUACCAACAUAUGGAGUACAUUACUAUGCUGUUAAGGAUAAGCAAGGAAUUCCAUGGUGGUUAGGUCUGAGCUAUAAAGGCAUCUUUCAGUAUGACCACCAGGACAAGGUCAAGCCCAGGAAGGUGUUCCAAUGGCGUCAGUUGGAGAACCUCUAUUUCAGAGAGAAGAAGUUUUCAGUGGAAGUUCAUGACCCCAGAAGUAGGGCGUCGGUGACGAGAAGGACAUUUGGUCACAGUGGCAUCGCUGUGCAUACCUGGUACGCCUGUCCUGUCCUCAUCAAGUCCAUCUGGGCCAUGGCCAUCAGCCAACACCAGUUCUACCUGGACCGCAAACAGAGCAAGUCAAAAAUUCAUGCAGCACGGAGUUUGAGUGAGAUUGCCAUCGACCUGACGGAAACAGGAACACUGAAAACCUCCAAACUGGCUAACAUGGGCAGCAAGGGAAAAAUUAUCAGUGGCAGCAGUGGCAGUUUGCUAUCCUCAGGCUCUCAGGAAUCAGACAGUUCCCAGACGGCAAAGAAAGACAUGUUGGCAGCAUUGAGGGCCCGGCAGGAAGCUCUGGAGGAAACACUCAGACAGAGACUAGAAGAACUGAAGAGCAUUUGCAUCAGAGAAGCUGAGCUGACAGGAAAGCUUCCUAAAGAAUAUCCACUCGAUCCAGGUGAAGAGCCACCCACAGUGAGACGGAAAAUCGGCACUGCCUUCAAACUGGACGAGCAGAAGGUUCUUCCAAAGGGAGAGGAAGUGGAGCUGGAGCGGUUGGAACGAGAGUUUGCCAUUCAGUCCCAGAUUACUGAGGCGGCCCGGCGUCUCGCCAGCGAUCCUCAUGGAAGCAGUAAGAAGCUCAAGAAACAGAGGAAAACGUCUUAUCUCAGCGCACUGAAAAAGCUGCAGGAAAUUGAGAACUCUAUCAAUGAGUAUCGUGUCCGCUCGGGAAAAAAGCCUACGCAGAGAGCGUCCCUCAUAAUAGAAGAAGCGAAUAUUGGCUCUGAAGACAGCUCCUUGUCUGAUGCACUGGUCUUGGAUGAUGAUGACUCCCAAGUUACAGGAACCCCAACCUUCUCUCCAGUAGCUUCACCUCACAAGGGGUUACCUCCUAAACCACCCUCUCACAGUCGGCCCCCUCCACCGCAGUCCCUGGAUGGCCUGCGACAUUUGCACUACACAUGCUCAGACUACGAUAAAUCACCCAUCAAGCCCAAGAUGUGGAGUGAAUCAUCGCUGGAUGAGCCUUAUGAAAAAGUCAAAAAACGUUCGUCAUACUCCAGUCACAGGCGUUUUCCAAGCUCUAGUAGUGCAGAUGUUGGAGGCAGUAACUCAUUGCAGAGCAGCCCUAUCAGGAUUCUUCCUCACUGGAACUCUCAGUCCAGCAUGCCCUCGACCCCUGACCUGAGGUCUAGGACACCACACUACGUACAUUCUACUAGAUCAGUGGACAUCAGUCCCACACGUCUGCACAGUCUUGCUCAGCACUUUAGAAACCGCAGCUCCAGCCUAGAGUCUCAAGGCAAGCUGCUUGUGUCUGACCCAGACACACAUCCGCACACUCUGGGAACUCUUGGCAGCCCUGACUUCUUUGUGGGUCCAGGACGCAGCUCCAACGGCUCUGACCCUCUGGAUGACUGUUCAUCCUGCACCAGCCAAAGCAGCUCAGAACAUUUUUACCCCGCCGGUAGACCUCCUGGUAACAACCCCAACUACUCCACUCUGGGGGAGGAUUCACCCUCUAAAGCCAGGCAGAGGCAGAGGCAAAGGCACAGGUCUGCAGGACAUCUUGGUUCUUCUAAUUCGGGCUCGAUGCCCAACCUCGCCGCAAAAAAUGGCUCCAGUGAAGGUGUCGGUGCAGGCAGCAUGGGAGGAGGACACCAUGGAGUUUACCUUAGCAGCCAGAGCCAGCCUUCCUCCCAGUACCGCAUUAAGGAGUACCCACUGUACGUGGAGGGCAGCCCCAACCCUGUGGUGGUGCGCAGUUUGGAAAGCGAUCAGGAGGGUCACUACAGCGUGAAGGCCCAGUUCAAGACAUCCUGCUCCUACACAGCCGGGGGACUGUACAAGGAAGCUUGGGGGGGAGAGGACGCAGGAGAGGGCAUUGGCCGACUCACGCCAUCACGCUCUCAGAUCGUACGGACUCCAUCUUUGGGGAGGGAGGGUAGUGGUGGAGGAGGUGGGGGGAGGGCUGCAGUGUCUGAAGAACUGCGGUGCUGGUACCAGAGGUCUUCGGGAAGCCUUAAGGAAAGGAGUCAUUCACAUUCGGGGUCCACUUCGUCCGAGACUGGAUCACAGCAAGGCACUCUGGGAUCUGGACGAGGGAUUCGAGUGGGGACACUCGCCAAGGGCUCACCAGCUGCGUCUCCCCACAGCCAGAGGAGUAUGACGCCAUCGAGCGAACAAGCAGCCACACCUACGCCCCCCUGCAGCCCGCAACAUAUCCUCAACUGGCAGAGCAGCGGGCCCUUCAGUGACAGCUGUUUCCUGAACAGUCCCCUGUAUUCAGAGCUGGCAGAUGUGCAGUGGUACGGAUCUGACAAGGCCAAACCUGGAACCCUGGUCUGAGACCUUCCUUCCAGGACGGUCCCAUUGCCCUCUCGGCUGUUCUUCACUACUACCCAGUGACAACCAACAACCUCAUCCUUGAAGCCCUGCGAAAUCCUGCUCCGACCAGACUAUUGGGUGGAACUGAAGCCUUUAUCCUCCAUAUGUUCUGCUCCAUACACAUUUCACCUCUUCCUGUGAAGGGACGAAAGUCAGCAGGUCUUGACAUAGGGUUGGUUUUAGAAGACAGACUGAGCAGAGCCACCAAAGCAUCGGAAUAGUCAGCCUAUAGCAACACUGAGCCCUUUUCCUAACCCUGCAGCACACAAGCAACAGACAAGCAAAAUGAGACAUGGGAAGAGACAGAGCACAGAACAAAACAAGUCAGAAACCCAGCAUUUGCUUCAUAUCUUAUUUUUGAUCCUAUAGCCUUUUUUUUACUGCAAUACGCUACCGUCAAAUCAGAACUUGAUUUGAGUCAAAAGUGGUAACAUUUACAGGCCCCAACUGUUCUGUUGUCUACUACAGUCAAUGUAGUAUUGUGGCCCAAUAAGAGGAGAUGAUCCAAACAAAGAGAAAUUAAACAAAAACACCAACAUUCAUUUGCAUUCAGUAUUAACCCAUCACCAAAGACAACUGCUGGAUUAACCCGGUCACACCAAGAACACAGACGUCCCUGCAGAAGUCUAACUGACUAUCAGGACCCUUUCGUUGAGGACUUCAGCAUAAAAAAAAAACACUGAACGUGAACAUGUUCAUUUCCUGUUGUUGUGUUCGUAUGGGAUUCAGUUGUGGUCAUGUCUGGCCACAUGGAGGACUAUGAACGGAACUUAAAGGCAGAGUUUAAUUGGAUUUGCACCCUUAAACUGACACCUUGGCCAUUUGGUUUAUUUUGUAACCGCAAAACAAUUCCAUAUUUCAGAGUAGCCUAUCCUGAUUCCAGCAACAUUUUUUCUGUGUGUGUUUAAAAGCACAUUCGUACAUCUGCUGACCCUAAGAAAAUAAAACGCUCUUUUAUUUUGAAGGAGUAGGUGAUAACGACGCUUCGCUCCGGUUGCGUCUUCAUCAAAAGUACUUUCAGCGUCAGCUCGUCAUCAGACUUCAGAAAUUUAAGCAAAUAGCCUUAUAAUGACUAACUACACAGAUGUGAAUUUUUAAAUACAUCAGCACAGAUUAGUAUCUUCAUUAGCAAUUGAGACGUCGCUGGAGAAAAAAAACAAAACAGUUAUCACUUUAUUCACUCUUUCUUGUCUUUUCGGCUAGGUUUCACAUCCUGGUGUCUUUUUUUUUUUUUUUUUAAAUACACCUCUGUAACAUGUCAGCAGUAACUCGACUUACCACAAGAUGCCAGGUCAGUACUGCCGCUCACAACAGUUUGCAUUUAUUGGUACGUACCAGUGCUAUUUCCUUGUUUAUUCCAAACCCUGUAUGUUUUGAGUUCAUCACAGGAACGGCAUCUCCUGGUCCUUACAAAACCUUCAGAGAACCGCGGGUUUGAUUAGAUACUGUGGGGCAGCAGCAACAAAGCAGGUAAUUCUUUAAUUCAAUUUGGCGUCACAGCGACUCUUCUUUGGUCUUAAAGCACAACAUUAAGUGCGUGAGAGCACGAGCUGCUAUUUCUUUACUCUCACUUUCUACUCUGUGUAUUUUACUGAAAACUUUUAUUUAAUGGAAAAGGCAACUAGGACGGGUAGAUGUAAUACCUGAACUUUUUUUUUUUACACUACAUUGAUCAUUCACAUUACACAACUCCGGGAUCAGGGCAGAACAGAAGCCAUAAUUUAAAGUGAGAAACUCCCCUUUCUCCUAACAACAAUCAGAAUUUUGAAAAGGCGCUUUAAAAAAUUUAAAAUAAAAUAAGCACACAACAUUUGUACCGAAGAGGUAGAAUUGUUCAUGUUACAGUGGUCUCUAAAUAUAAAUUCUUUUUUUUUUCAGAUUUGUUUAUCAAAGAAUACAAAAAAUACUGGUGUUGAUUUUUUUCCCCCCAGAUUUAUCACCUGUUGCUAUUUUUAGGAAUAUGGCAGAUUUUUAAUGAUUAAGAAGAGAAGUGGUCAACAUCUCUCUUCUUAAACAAAAACACUUGUGUAGACGAUCUCAGUAGAAUGAUUACCUAAAUCUCACAAUCUUACCUUAGAACUGACAGGUAUUUUUUAGCAGUAUUUAAUAGUACUGCAUUUCAGCCUUUUCUGAUAAAAGUCCAACACAAUCCUAUGCAUGUCUUAGUGAUCCAGCCACUAAUAUCCCAAAGACAUCGACACACCACGUUGUAUUCAUUAACAGUAGCGUGUCCAUUUAGUCACUCUCUGUAAAACAUUGUCCUAAUUUCUGACGUCAUGAGCCCAACGUGAUAAAGUCGACGUUUCCCGUUUUUCCAAAAUACACAGUUUCUGUGCUUCGGUUAGAUUUUAGAAGAUUUUUAAAAAAAAAGUCAAAAUGAUAUGAACUCUUUAAUCAGUUUUUCCUGUCCUAAUGAAGGCGGUAUGUGAAGGUUUUUUGACGUUUCUAACAUUGACAUUCAUUGUUCUAACAAUGUUCUGUUUUAUAUAUAUACUGUAUAUGUCAGUAUUGUUUUAAUGUUUAUUAUUUUUGACAUUGUAACAACCCUUUCAGGUGCUACAAAAUGACCAGUUACUGCAUUGUCAUUGGAUCGAGAAAAGAAAAUCCCUUCACUGUUAUCGAUGCGCUCAGUACCGAUGUGCGAAAUUAAGCUUAUUUUAACAGACAUUUUAAAAGUAGAACAUUUCUCCAGCCAAACAAUAGAGCAUGUGACUUUAUUUGAUCGGUUUGGUUCAACUGUAACAUAGUAGAAAGGUAAUUCCGCAGUUAAUUUAUUCUUUUUUCUAAUAAAAAUUUGUAUAGUACCUUUACAUUUUUCAAAACUGGCAUUGUAAAUCAAUGAUGAAUUUUCAAGACGAGAAGAUGUGGUGGUUCUUGAGAGUAAGAAAAAUAAAUUAUUGAUGAAUGUUCUCAAAA